CCAGCAACUCCUCACCCCCCACCUGACACUAUUACAAAGCCCCCAGUAAAAAAAGAAAAAAAGAAUAAUAUAUCAUCUACUUUUAAUGAACAGUUCAGAUUUUUCAACGAGGCAAGCCCAGACUUGCCUUGCAAAAUUGCCAUUUGUCUCCUUUGCUACCACGCAACUCCCCAUAAGUAGCACCUGAAAGCUCCGGCGUACUUUUGUGCAGGCGCAGGGCUGGAGGCGGGCGCUUCGGCCGCCUCAGGUGGGGGGUGGGCGGCUUUCUCCCGUCACGCCUCACUGGCAGCGCAACCUGCAGUCAGUUGAGCCAGAGUGAGAGCCACUGCAGGGGUGUGGAGUGACGCCCACCAGAUGACUUCACUUAGUCAUCUGUAGUUUUUUUACUGAAUUUCAAAUGGAUUUUUUAUUUUUCUUAUUUUGCUUUUUUUUGGGGGGGGUGCAUUAGUGACGUUUUGAAGGGAGGUAUCCCUCCCUCCACUCUCUCUCUUUCUCGCUAUCUCCCUCCCGCCUCUUCUUCUUCCUUUCUUUCCCGCUCAGCUCAGGUGCUCGCAGUCGCUCCGGGUUCGUGUCUCCGGCGGUUUUGGUGGGGGGGGAAACUGCUGGAAGAUGGGACUAGCGGGCUUCAGCACCACGGAGAGCGGACAGCUCCUUCUACUGGGCGUGUUGCUGCUGUCAGUGUCGAUGUCGGUGGGCGAGCAGGAAGGCGAGAACCUGUCGGGUCUGUCGGACAACCCCGACCGGGCCAUCUUCGCCGUGCGGGAGAACGGGACCACCUGUCUCAUGGUGGAGUUCGCCGUCAGACUGGUCGUGCCCUACGACGUGCUGGCGCUCAACCGGAUAGACCUAAUCACAGAGCAGGCGUCAUUCACGCUGCCUCGCAGCGCUCAGAUCGAAGGCAAGUGUGACAGCACCGAGUCGGAGAUCCACAUCAGCUGGAAAGACCAUGCCUACACUCUGCGCAUCUUCUUCUCUAAGGAGCUGCGUGCCAAGGGUGAAGAAAUUUGGAAGGUCAGUAAGAUUCAGUUCGUGUAUGACACAUCAGAGAGUUCUCAAUUUAUCAACGCCUACAACCCGGGCAAGCACACGGCCACCACUCACCGCCUGUCUGCCUUGGUGACGCCGGUCGGCCGUUCGUUCGUGUGCGCCGCUCAGCAGACGCUGACCCUCAUCAGCAGCGACCACCAAAAGGGCGUCACCGUGCACAUGUACGACAUCCAGAUUCAACCCUUCGACAUGGUCGCCGACUUUGUCUUCAGCGAACCGUACAAGUGUAUGACGGACCAGCGCGAGCGCCUGGAGGAGACGCUCCCGCUCAUCCUGGGUUUCAUCUUGGCGCUGAUCAUCAUCAUCACGCUGACCGUCUACCACUUCCACCUCAAACUGAGCGCCAGCAGCGCGCCGCCGCAGCUCCCGCGCGACCGCUCCAUGUACAAGAACAUGUAGAGGACUGGCGAGUGUAACUUGGAGCAUCCCCAUUCUCCAGCCUUGCAUGGAUGUUGAUACUGUGCAUAUGGAAAGCCACUUGAGCAUUUAUUCCAUAUCCUUGACACCCAUGGUCCAUGUCAUCUCUUGACAUGGACAGCAAGAAUAUGCAAUUAAUGCACUUUCCAUAGCACCUGUCUCUUUAAGUGACAUCAUCAUUCUCCUUUACUAAGAUAAUGGAUGGGAAUGACUCCUUACUCACUGUAUCGUGCUAAUUUUCUAGUGCUUUUCAAACGUAGUAAGUAUACACUCAAUGGAUGGCAGUCAUGAUUAAAAAAAAAAAAAAUCACCAUGUAAAGCAAGGCUUAAAAAAUGACCAGGAUUUUCUUUUAUCAUACACGGCACGCCACAGUGGGUAGGGAGUGUUUCUCAAUCACGUUCUUCAACAUUUGUCGUCGUUUCCUCGCUGCUAAGCCGUCCUGUGUCGUCAUUUCUUGUUGCUUUUGGAGCACGUGUGUGUGUGUGCGUGCGUGCGUGUGUGUGUGUAUUACAAAAGGAAGCAAGCCUGAUCAAAUAAGAAAAGUGUCAAAUGUUAUUUUCUUGGGAAACUAUGCAUAAAAACCUCUGCUGAAAACA